AUGUUGUGUUUAAAGAAAGUGUACAGGGAUGAGCUGCUACAAUUGGCUCUCCUGCUCAGCAUUCUGCGAGUCAAUAACGACUCCUUUUACGAUAAUAUUUACAACAAUCUGGAUUUUGACAACGGCACAAGCUGGAGAAGUAUUACACCUGCUUUUCUUCGAUCUCAAUAUGUUAGCCCGAAAAGCUUGGAUUCCGUGUUGCUGAAUUAUCAAAGGGAUUUGUUUGCCGAUUUGAAUUCGCUGGGAAGAUUCAACGGAGGCAAUUUUAGACACCCUGAUGUCACGACUUAUUUGCUCAACAUCGACCGAACUGCACCGACAUCCAAUAAUGCAGAUUCCUUACCAGUGGCCAAUGCUCCAGGAUCUCAAAACCAAUCUGAAGGCACUGUAAACCAAGAAGAAGCUAAUUCCUUAGACUUUGGUAUCAGCCUGUCACAAGAGGAUAUGGAUUUAAUCGAAGUGCUUUGGAAGCAAGAUGUCGAUCUUGGUUUCACAGUUGACAACAUCAAACCAGAAAAAGAAGACAUUAAAACUGAACCCGAUGAAAAGGUCACACCAGUCAGUGCUGCAGACAAAGAUGAUAUUGAAAAGUUGAAAACACUUCAAGCUAUUAAUGAUGAUUCAAUCAAGCAAGAGAAAGAAGAAGAUCCUUGGUCCGGUUUCGACUAUACCAUCGAUACAGAAACAGGAGAAUAUGUGAUAAAAACAGAAGUCGAUUCGGAACAUAGCGGAGAAGAAGUUAGCAACCCUGUUGAUCUUGGUCUUGAAGAUUUCACCUUACCAUUACCGGAGUUUUUCCUUGAUGAGGCAUUACGUCUAAUCGAUUUAGAAGAUGAAACGUCACAGGAAAAUUCUGUAAAUCUUAAGGAGUUAGAUAGUCUCCAAAGCGAAGCAGGCAGCCCGUCGGUGGCAUCAGCUGCAGCCGAAGCAGAAGCUGCCAGUAAAACUGAUGACACCUCUCCUCCCGAGGAAGCACUUCAUAAAGACGACCAAGACGACGAAUUCGAUUUCCUGAACAUGAUUCAAACGCCGCAAUUUCAUCACCCGCAUCACAGGGCUCCGUUUCAGUCUCGUAUGCCAUUCGUUCGGACGAUGAGCAUGGAGCAGAGAUGGCAAGACCUGGCUAGUCUCCUCAGUCUUCCCAGUCACGAAAACGGAGGCAUACACCACCCGUUUAGUCACCACCACCAUGCUUUGCACAAUUACACGCACCACCCGCACCCACAUAGCAUGGGCUACAGUCCGGAAGCGGCACGUGGGGUGCUCCUUCACAACGCCACCUUGCCAACACCCAUUGGCGACUUGAAUUCAUCUGUGCCAUACAAUAAUUUAGGUGGUACAAAUUUUGGGAGCGCCGUGGCGAGUUCCAUGAACCUGACGAACAGCAGCGAGCCAAUGGGAGAAUCUUCGAGCACACCCCAUUACAAACUGGAACCUUCACACGACAUGGUCUAUUACCAGAACAGUUCGUCCGAGAUUAAUCAAACUGAUGGAUUUCUUUCUUCCAUCCUUAACGACGAAGAUCUCCAACUAAUGGAUAUGGCUAUGAAUGAAGGCAUGUACACCAUGCGAAUGUUGGACGGUAAUAGCACAGUGAACAACAUAGGGCCAAAUACCACAAACAUAACAAUGUCCCGAAAUGAUAUGGAACGCAUGGACACUUCCAGCGACAGCGCGGUCAGUUCGAUGGGUUCCGAACGCGUUCCAUCUUUAUCCGACGGGGAAUGGGGUGACGGCGGUUCCGAUUCUGGACACACUUCCACGGAACACUACGUUACAGACUACACAACGAAGCUACGCCCGUACGACUACAGUUACAGCAAUCGGCAAUUAAACAACGGCAUUGGAGGCAACGAUAAUGCUCGCAUUCAACCUGUUGCCCAAAAGAAACAUCAAAUGUACGGCAAACGAUUUUUCCAAGACCACAACUCGUCGAAUUCUUCUCAAUCGCCAGCGACACCGUUGAAAUACGAAUACCGAGAGCCGGCUUCUUCGUACAAUAUUUCGAAUCAGUCGGAAGGCGCCGUGGGUCCAAAAGUUCCCGAAAUGAAAUAUUCAUGUUCCAUGGAGUUCGGACAUUUAAACAGAAACCCAGUGAAUCACAUACAGCAUAAUCACACCUACCACCUUCCUGCGGAAAGUUCUGGUGUAAUGCAGAGGCCUGUUUUGAGGGAUAAAAGCAAACAGAAAAAAGUGGAAGACGAACAUUUAACGAGAGACGAAAAACGUGCCAGGGCACUCAACGUGCCUAUAUCUGUCGACGACAUUAUCAAUCUCCCCAUGGAUGAAUAUAAUGAAAGGUAUGUAAACAAAGUGCUCUCGAAAUACGAUUUGAGCGAAGCCCAAUUGAGCCUUAUCAGAGACAUCAGAAGACGGGGAAAGAAUAAAGUCGCCGCGCAGAAUUGCAGGAAACGAAAACUCGAUCAAAUAUUGAGCCUUGCGGAUGAAGUGAAAGAAAUGAAGGACAGAAAAUUGAGACUGAUCACUGAUCACGAAUAUAUCAAAAACGAAUGCAGAAGAUAUCGCGACAAAUACCAACAGCUGUACAGACACGUAUUUCAGAACUUGCGAGAUCCGGACGGCAAUCAAUAUUCUCCUUAUCAGUGGAGCCUGCAGACAUCUGCUGAUGGUUCGAUUAUUUUGGUUCCUCGAUCGAACUCGUCGGUUUCGAGUCAAGACCCUAAAGAUCCUUUGCAAAACCACAAAGAACCAUAA